UAUACCAAAGUGUACCAGAAUGUUUUCGCGUGUUUGUUAUUUUGUGGUGGAGGCGUGGUUAACCGCUUUGGUAUCUACCUGGGUAAUACCACGCUAUACCCUGCAGAAUAGCAGGGUAUCUUUUCCAAAUAUCUGAAAAAAACAUUGUAUGCAAACUUGAAAUAUUCUUUUCUUUAUUGAAAAGGUUUUAUUGUUGAAAAAUGAAUAAAAAUUUCUUGAUUUGUACAAAUGAUCGUGGUCAACCAAUUUUGAACAAAGAAGGAAAAAUACUAUAUUAUUGCACAAAAACAAAUGCUUUUACAACUUUAGAAAAUGUGUGUGAAACAGAUACUACAGCUAAUGAAAACACAGAAAAAGAUGCACAAUCCACUAAAACAACUGAAGAAAUAAUGUUAGAAAUGACAAAUGAAGAUAAAUUUACUCAUGAAAUAACAUUAAAGCUAUUAGAGAUUGUACAAACAAAAUUUGAUUUUCUUAAUGACAAAAUGCAUUCUAAAAAAAAGAUCUGGUCUGAGAUUGCAAGAGAAAUGCAAAAUAGUGGAUAUUUAGCAAAUUGUAAUAGAAUAAAACUUGCAGACAAAUGCCAUCAACGUUGGCGAAACUUACAAAAAAUGUAUCAUGGACAUUGUCGAUAUAUGAAAUCUACUGGUACAGGAAAGAAAAAGCAGCCAAAAUAUUUUGACGAGAUGCAUGAACUUAUAGGAGAAAAACAUAGCAGUCAACCAGUCAAUUUAUUGGAUUCACUAGAUGAUUGUACUACAUCAGCAACUUCUGGCACUUGCACUGAUGAAACAAAAAGUAUUGAAGGCACAGAUAUCAAUAAAGAUACACAAAGUAAUUCAUCAGAAAAAGAAAAUAUAAAAAUUUCAAAUAUUUUUGAGAAUGUCAAAAAAUCAGUAAAGCCAAAAAAAGAUAAUUUAAGCGUUUUUAAAGAACUACAUGCACAAGACAUACAAAUUGAAAAUGAACGUUUUGACAAAUUGCAAGCUUUACUAGUAGAGCAAAAUGAAUUAAAAAAGAGAACAAUAGAACAGCGUGAUGAGUUUUUAAAUGUUAUGAAAACUUUUAUCAAUUUAGAAACACAUAAGAAAUCUAAAAAAAAGAAAUAUUAGUCUUUUGAUUCAGACUAAACAUAAUAAGAAAA